AGGUGCGCAUCUUCGCAUCUUGGCAUCUCCGCCGCGUCGCCCAAACCAAAAACUCGAAAAAGCCGAGACGAAAACGAGUUACAGUCACUGGAUAAGUCGCAGCCACGGUCACUGGAUUGAGGCGCAGUCACUGCCGUCACCGUUGAGAUCCCGCUGACAGGUUGCGGAACCCGUUUUACUGGAGCGUCGCCAGCGGAUCGGAUCGGCAGAUGCAACCGCCGUAAAAAAUAAAGUGCGUGCAAUAGUUAAAAAUAAAUACAAAAAAGGAAUCACAGCUGCGAAAGACCCAGUCAAAAACAUAAAAAACCAACCUCAACUUUCGAAAAAAAAUUCAAAAACUCACUAUAACAUUUUAAAUUUUGAACCUUAUAAACAAACUGUCUAUCAAUAUCAACAAAAACUGGCGUUUAUUUAAAAACUAUAAUCAGUGUACUCAAGAAAAUUAUAUUUUUCAAAAUAUUAACCAAUACCCACAAACCAUAAAAGAAACAUAUCCCAAAUCAGUUAGUAAACUCGCUAACCAAACAUUUAAGACCCGCUGUCAUCUUUGACUAAAGACUGAAGAGCCGCGUACAUUUGUAAAUCUGUUUGCGGCAAACACUUGAAGCCAAUUUGGUUUGCUGGCUCUGAGUGUGUUUUUUUCACAUUUUUGAAACCGGCCGCCAAAGAGUCAAACGGAGUCAAUAAAAAUGAAGUAAAAACGGAUGAAAAAGAGCAAAGUCACACAAAACAAACAAAACAUUUUCCGGCUCCGGCGACAUUAACAGAACUGCUCGACAUCGACAAUUUGUUUUAUCAAUUUUCAACAAGGCCAGCAGCAACAACAAUAGCGCAACACCCAACAAGCCAGCAAACAACAAAAGCGCCCAGAGUGCUUAGCCGUCGAGCACGCACGCCAAAGCCACCCAGCCACCCACCACCCAACCACCCACGCGAACCUCCCUUAACCACCCACCACCCCCACAACCUUGGGCACCCGCACCCAACCCCUUUCCGAGGGCUCCGCCAGCAUCCGCAUUCGCAUCCACAUCCGCAUCCUCGAUAGCCAAAAAAAGAAAAUAAGGAAAAUAAUAAACAACAACGGACGCCCCACAGUGAAGCCAGGCACAGUGAACCCGCUUGUCGCCGCGUUUUAAGCCAACUCAGCCAGCGAGACAAUGGCUGCAUAUGCGCAGUUUGGAUACGCUGGCUACCCGACGGCAAAUCAGCUGACUACCGCCAAUACCGACAGCCAGAGCGGCCAUGGCGGAGGAUCGCCGCUGUCCGGCACGAAUGAGGCUUCCCUGAGUCCCUCGGGCGGUUCAACGGCCACAGGGAUGACCGCCGGUCCGCUGAGUCCAGGUGCAGUUUCCCAGUCAUCUCACCAUGCGGGCCACAAGGGCCUCUCCACAUCGCCGACGGAGGAUGUUGUGGGUGGAGCCGAUGGCCCCGGAGGCAUUUCAUCCGCUGCCCAAGACCUGCCCGCCCGGGGAUCCUGCUGCGAGAACGGACGACCCAUCAUCACGGAUCCCGUGUCCGGCCAGACGGUGUGCUCCUGCCAGUACGAUCCCGCCAGACUGGCCAUCGGUGGCUACUCCCGGAUGGCCCUGCCCUCCGGCGGAGUGGGCGUCUACGGCGGUCCCUAUCCCUCCAACGAGCAGAACCCCUACCCCAGCAUCGGAGUGGACAACUCGGCCUUCUACGCACCGCUGAGCAAUCCCUACGGCAUCAAGGACACCAGUCCCAGCACCGAGAUGAGCGCCUGGACAUCGGCGAGUCUGCAGUCCACCACCGGGUACUACUCCUACGACCCCACGCUGGCGGCCUACGGAUACGGACCCAACUAUGAUCUCGCCGCCAGAAGAAAGAACGCCACGCGGGAGUCCACGGCCACUCUGAAGGCCUGGCUGAGUGAGCACAAGAAGAAUCCGUAUCCGACGAAGGGGGAGAAGAUCAUGUUGGCCAUCAUCACCAAGAUGACCCUCACCCAGGUGUCCACCUGGUUCGCCAAUGCGCGGCGCAGGCUGAAAAAGGAGAACAAGAUGACCUGGGAGCCCAAGAAUAAGACCGAGGACGAUGACGAUGGCAUGAUGUCGGACGACGAGAAGGAAAAGGACUCUGGGGACGGUGGAAAACUCUCAACCGAAGCCUUUGAUCCCGGCAAUCAACUUAUCAAAUCCGAGCUGGGAAAGGCGGAGAAGGAGGUGGACAGUGACCAGAAGCUGGAUCUCGACCGGGAGCCGCACAAUCUGGUGGCGAUGCGCGGACUGGCGCCCUAUGCCACGCCCCCCGGCGCCCAUCCCAUGCACGCGGCCUACAGCUCGUAUGCGCAAUCCCACAACACGCAUACGCACCCGCAUCCCCAGCUGCAGCACCACCAGCAGAGCCAGCAGCUGCAGCACCACCAGCAGAUGGACCAGCCCUACUACGGCUACGGCCAGGAGGAGUCCGUUUCCUCGGGGGACUUUGCGGCCCAAAAAAACCCGCUGAGCAGAGACUGUGGCAUCCCAGUUCCGGCGAGCAAGCCCAAGAUCUGGAGCGUGGCCGACACAGCCGCCUGCAAGACACCGCCGCCCACCGCGGCGUACCUCGGCCAGAACUUCUACCCCCCGUCCGCCUCGGCGGAGCAGCUGCACCACCACCAUCCGCAGCCGCAGCCGCAGCCGCAGCAGCAGCAGCAGCAUCCCAAUCCACAUCACCCACAUCCCCAUCCGCACCACUCGAUGGAGCUCGGUUCGCCGCUGAGUAUGAUGAGCAGCUACGCCGGCGGAUCGCCAUAUUCGCGGAUACCUACGGCGUACACCGAGGCCAUGGGCAUGCACCUGCCCAGCAGCAGUUCCUCCUCCGGCAAGGUGCCGCACCCCACCAGCACCACCCACGGCCACCACCCCACCCUCAAUCAUAUCCACCCGGCGCCGCAGCGGGUGGGGUUUCCCGAGAUCCAGCCCGAUACGCCGCCCCAAACGCCGCCCACUAUGAAGCUCAACAGCAGCGGGAGCAGCAGCAGCGGGAGCGGGAGCAGCCACAGUUCCUCGAUGCAUUCCGCUCCGGUGACGGUGGCUUCCAUGGUCAACAUUUUGUACAGUAACGAGGGCUAUGGCCAUAACCAGGGCCAUGGUCACGGGAAUGGGCUGGGACACGGACUGGGGUCCACUUGCCACAUGGGUGGCGCCACCUACCUGACGGAGGGCCGUUCCGGGUCGUAAGUCGACCUUGAACCAGUUACCAGUUACCAGAAGCAGAACCAGACCAGUACCAGUUACCGUUACCAGAUACCAAAUAGAAACUACUUACACAUUUCGACGGCGGGACAAGUGCAAGUUUAGGAUUACGAUUGCGAGAACGAGUGCGACUACGAUUACGAUUACCAGAUAGCGAUAACUACACUAAUUAUUUUGCAAUAAAUGUAGCCUAAGUACGGCAAUAAAACUUUAUUUCCUACCAUAUCAUAAA